AUGGUAAUAUUGUCCGUUGCCAAGGUGAAGGAGGUGACGGCGCGUGCAUUCGAGGAGCUGCAGCUCCCAAUUGGGGCGUCAGAGGAGCAGGUUGUCUCUCGCUUUCGAACUGUCUGUCUGAAUCGAAUCAACGCUACUGAGAACGGAGACGAACGCUUCCAGCGUCAAGCUGUGGCCUAUCGCUUCUUGUGUUCAUUACCGCUGCUCGCAGGCGUCGAGUACCGCGCGGAAGAUCUGCUCCCGAAGCUGAGACCGCUAGAUCCUCACGUUAAUGACAUCGAGACAAAGCAACGUGCUAGUGCCCUGCUGGACGUGAGUAUCGCGUCCAUGGAGCGAGCUCAGCAAGCCGGUCGACUCCCCUAUACGAACUUCGUACUGCGUGUGCACUACUGUCUUCGUCGCCAUGUAGUUCGUCGUAGAUACAGUGAGUUCCUAGCGCUCCAUUCCUUACUGGAAGCCAAGCUACCGGUGAUCCCUCAACUCCCGGAGCGUAACUGGAUCUACGCCUUACGGACGCCGUCAGCUGAACGUGCUCGUAGACUGGCCAGCUACCUACAGAGAGUGACAACUCUGCUAUCUGCUCGUGGGGUCUUCUCCUUCCAAGUGAUGGCAUUUCUCGAGAUCGACGUGACUCGCGUCCGCGCAGAAGAAGAAGCUCUAGCGGUCGAUAUCCUGUCUCGAGCCAGUAGAAGUGAGAAUGUCUAUUACAUCGUACACAGCAGCUGGAUCGCAGCGUGGAAGCGGUUCGUCGUGACGCACAAACUGCCGCCAGGAGCCAUCACGAACCACAAUCUACUGGAACUAACCGAGGCAUCUCGUCGGCCUAAGGACGAUCUGGUGGCAGCUAGACACUACCGAUGUGUGAACAGCAGCACGUGGAGAUACUGGCAGCUCAUCUACAGCGGUGGACCUGCCAUUCGUCGUCAAACGGCGUCGAUUUACGGCCAACCAGCGUGCGAUCUGCCCACUCUAGCCACUUUAGUUCAGCGUCUUGUACGUGGCUUUCUAGCCAGGAGAGCCAUGCAACGAGCGAGGAUCCAACGGAAACUGCAAGACCCUAUAACAUGCCAAACAGUAGCAGCUACAGCACGUUAUCGGGCGCUAGAGGCUCGACUUGACAUCGUGCGGCAGUACGUGGAAGUACGCGAGUUUCAGACGCGUCACGUGGCUGCGAUGAAGAUACAACGAGCCUUCCGCGUCUUCCUGCUACGUGCCGAGCAUGCGCUGCUACUGGCCGAGUCCGCAGUACCCGAUAGUGCCGCAACACAAGCCCUUCAGCACUACGACGACCGACUGGCACUGGAGGAAGUGGCGUUAGUGGAGGACCCAGCACUGCGUCUGGCCCAUUUCCUAGCGACCAUGUUGGCUGGUGUGCCGCUACGGAAACUCCGUGCGAGGAGCAAAACGCCCGCCUGGAGGCUGUUUAAGCUGGACUCGAUCGCCUCUGAGUUGCGGUGGAGCUCGUCAACAUCCACGAAGACCAACGCGAUGCCCUUCACAGACGUCGAGAAGCUGACGAUGGAGUCGCCUUUGGCUCGAAAGGGGCCGAGUCUGGCGAGACGCAUGAGUUUAUCCAUGGGGGCGGAGGAUACUACAGCAGCAGCAGCGGAUACGUCUUAUGCUGUAGUGGCAACAUACCGAGAAGGCGGCGUUAAACGCGAGUUGAUGCUCAUCUGCGAGGCUCCUGGGGAGAUGGAGGUGCUGCACUUUGGAUUAAGCGCUUUAGUCUUGGAGGUCGCGUCACGGACAGCGAAUGGUGCGACGUUUGUGGACGGCCACGGCAUCAUCCGGAAACGCGUGCCACAUGCGAAGAAGCUCCUUCGCGAGGCUCACGAAUUGCUUGAACAACGUCAGGAUAAGAUACCGGAUAACGAAAACUAA